AUGUCACGUAAUUUAGAAUCGAACAUGCCUUCCGAUCUUUUUUAUAUUAUCAAUUUUUCCUGUGCAAUCAUCGCUUCAAUUAUUGGUUUGACAUUUAGUUUUACACUAAUAAUAAUUAUUAUUACUAAUCAACAAUGUCACACUGCUGUUUGUUAUUCAUUUUCAAUACAAUCUCUUAGUCGCUUGUUUUUUGUUAUUCAUUAUAAACGAAGAUAUCUUCUUACAUGGCGUACACAUGUUAUUAUGAUUAUUUUCAAUUGGCUUAUUAGUUCAUCAAUUCCAAUGGUACCUUUAUUUAUUGAUGGAAGUCUUGGAUUAGAAAAAGAAUCACGUACUUGUAUAGUAAAAACGAAUGCAUUUUUAGCAGCAAUAUAUUGUAUGAUCAUGAUCAUUGGUAUACCAUUGUGUGUUAGUAUUAUGGUUUACUGUUCUAUUUUAUAUCAUGUACGUCAAUCAACUUAUCGAAUUUUGCGUUCUGAUCAAAAUAUAAAUAAAUACCUAACAAUACAGAAUGCUAAACGUGAGUUGAAGCUUGUACGACAUAUACUCAUUCAAAUUGUCUGUGCUUCAUGUGGUGGAAUUAUCUUUCUUAUUAAUGUCUUUUGGCAAGCAUUAUCAGAAAUACCUCUACCAAAGCCUAUGUAUUUAUUAGAAAUUAAUUUAACAACUAUGGGUGUUUCACUUAUAACUAUUGCACAUUUUAUGUUAAACACGCAAGUGAAAAAGAUUGUUUGUCGAUACUCAUGUAAUUGUUGUUAA